GAAAUAACGUAAAUAACGAGCGUCUGCUCAUGGCAAAUGAAUGUUGUUUUUUAUUUUGUUGUUAAUUGUUAAAUGUUAAUUUUGUUUCUUUGUUGAUGCCGGUUUCGUUGGUGCGUGCUUUAGGUUAAUGGUUGACGUAGCGCCGAGCGCUAAUAAAAAUAUUAAAAAUGGAUUAUGAUGAAUGGACCAAAUGCGAAGACGAAAACGGUUUUUUAUAUUAUUUUAACAAAAAAACUGGUGUUAAAGACUGGGAGCACCCCAAAUUCAAGCAAAUCAAGCAAACAUUAGACGAAUGCAAUUACGUGAAAUAUUCCAAGUAUCGGGUAGCCCUGAAAAUUAGAGCUCUACAAAAGGCUCUUUACUUUGAUCAAGUGCCUCUUCAUUUCAUAUCAGGCGUAUUCGAUAAACACAAAUUAGGCUCAAACGAAUGUUGUUUGCAACUGGAAAGUUGCGAAAUCGAAUCCGUUUUAUAUGACAUUUAUUUCGCUACCAGGAAGACACACAAUUCCAAUCUGGACAUCGAUUUAGCCACCGAACUUAUGCUCAAUUUCUUAUAUAACAUUUUCGAUCCGCAUAGGAAAGGGAAAAUACAAGUAUUCUCGAUUAAGAUAUUACUGAUACUGUUGAGCAAAUGCGAGUUGAAAGAAAUGUAUAAAUACAUAUACUCGGAGUGUUCUGAUCACAACGACUGCAUCACCAGACCGAGAUUGCAGGGCUUUUUAACCAAAAUCACCAGUAUUAUGGAGUAUACACACGAGGAAUCGAGUUUCGGGCAACAAGUGCUAACAGCAGCAGUCGAGAAUUGUUUUUUACAUUCUCCCGGCUUUCUGGGUAUAAACGAGGCCAUGUUCAUGGGUUGGGUAGACUCGAACCCGAAAAUUCUCUCCUGGAUUCCAGUCCUCCAUAGAAUUCGUAUAGCGGAAUCUAUUUCGCACUCGGUGAGAUGCAAUUCGUGUAAAGCCAGUCCGAUAACGGGCAUGUGUUACAAAUGCACGAAAUGCCGCCGUUAUUUCCAAUGCCAGACGUGUUUUCUCUCGGGGUACACCAGCAAUUCUCACGCAUCCUCGCACGCCAUGAAAGAGUAUUGUACGAUGAAAAGUGAUUCGAGCAUCGUGGAUAAAAUGUUUAGGACGUUCGUCUGCGCCAUUCGGUGCAACGAAAACGAAAAGUUUUCUAACACCCGCAUGAUAGAAAAAAGCAAUGUAGUAAUCAAUACGGACGGAGAACAAUGUGAUGUGCAGCCAAUGUGUUCCCCGAGGAGUCAAUUGAAACUCGUGAUAAACAAGCUGGAAAGGCAAACGUCGGAUUUGCAUCGAAUUUUGGCUUCUUCGAGCACUAAACAAAAGGAUAUAUUGGAGUAUCUUCGAGAACAUACGGAACAUGUAUCGGAACAAGUGGAUAAACUCAAAAUGUUGAAUGAGUGCAUGUCUACUAACGGCGAGGAAACCAGGAGGAAAUCCGUAAGAAAAAAAUACUCCGAAUCCACUCCGGCUUUAAGAAAAAAUAAAAAACCUAUUACGAAUGAAUCGACCAGUUUGAACAUGCUUAGUCCUAUUAUAUGCGAUUCGAAACCGCACGAGUACAGUUACGUUGAAAGUAACAGAAGUUCUAAACUAUCCCAACACUACACAUUACACGAUACAGCCGGAUUGUCUUCCAACGAAAGUAAAACUGUUUACCACAUCGACGAUAUCAGCACGUGGAUGGGCGGUCAUCCGAAGGAUUCCACGAUUGCUCCGGAAACCAAUAGCAAGAAAACAAAGGCCUUCCAUAAUGAUUUAGACGAAGCUCUUGCUCAGCUUCAGCAAAUUCUGGCCAACAACGUGUCUUUGGACGACUCGCUAACGUCCAUCGAUAACAGUCAAUUGAAAAGUGCCAUGACGGAGGUGGAGGGAAUGCUCACGUCUUUUAUCGAUACUGUCGAAAACAGCAGGCCCGGUUCAUUCAGAUCGAAAAGAACGGAAACUAUUACAGAGCUAUAAUAAGUGCAAUUUCAAGUGUUCAGUGCCGUCAUUUAACGAGUAUAUUCUAUAGAUUUAAUACAGUGUAUGACGAAUUUGAUGGGAUUCAAUGUUUCUAUUUUUUCUAACAAAUUUAUCGAACACUUCUGAGCCUUGCUGCGUUUGCGCAAAGUUCUUCAUGGUUAGUUAAAAGGACUUUGACACACUUGCACGUAUGUUUAGAAACGUUCAGUACCUUUGUUAUAAAAAAAU